ACGCGCCGGGCUUGCUGCAUGUCUAGCGGCGUUCUCCAUAUUGAGGAGGCCGCGUCUGGGCGGGCAAGGAAAGCGGGUCGCUUUCGAACAAGGGGAGUGGGUGCCUAAAGGGUGCCCCGUCUGAGACUUAUGGGACCCCUAGACUGUUUUUGCUCUAAAUGGAGUUGCACUGGGAAUGACCUGGCCCCUGAAGACCUGCAAAGGGCCCACUAGAAGUGUGUGUUGAAUGUGCUGGAGGAAUUGUCUGACUGCCCCUAACCAGUGAGCUCCUGAGGUGCCAAAAUGGCUUGGGCACUGAAACUACCCCUGGCGGAUGAAGUCAUCGAGUCGGGCCUGGUCCAGGAUUUUGAUGCCAGCCUCUCUGGCAUCGGCCAAGAGCUAGGAGCCGGUGCCUACAGCAUGAGUGAUGUCCUUGCCCUACCCAUCUUUAAGCAAGAAGAAUCUAACUUGCCUCCUGACAAUGAGAACAAAAUCCUGCCUUUCCAAUAUGUGCUAUGUGCUGCCACUUCCCCUGCUGUGAAACUUCAUGAUGAAACCCUUACCUAUCUCAAUCAAGGCCAGUCUUAUGAAAUCAGAAUGCUGGACAACAGGAAAAUGGGAGAAUUGCCUGAGCUAAAUGGGAAGCUUGUAAAGAGUAUAUUUAGAGUGGUGUUCCAUGAUCGGCGGCUUCAGUAUACAGAGCAUCAACAGCUGGAAGGCUGGAGGUGGAACAGGCCCGGUGACAGAAUACUGGAUAUUGAUAUUCCAAUGUCUGUGGGGAUAAUAGAUCCCAGGGCUAAUCCAACACAGCUGAAUACUGUAGAGUUUCUUUGGGAUCCUUCAAAGAGGACUUCUGUAUUUAUACAGGUGCACUGCAUUAGUACAGAGUUCACUAUGAGGAAACAUGGGGGCGAGAAGGGUGUGCCAUUCAGAGUUCAGAUUGACACAUUUAAGGAGAAUGAGAAUGGAGAAUACACAGAACAUCUGCAUUCUGCCAGCUGCCAGAUCAAAGUCUUCAAGCCCAAAGGAGCUGAUAGGAAACAAAAGACAGACAGAGAGAAGAUGGAGAAGCGAACUCCUCAUGAGAAAGAAAAGUAUCAGCCUUCAUAUGAGACUACGAUACUUACGGAGUGCUCUCCAUGGCCUGAGAUCACUUACGUCAAUAAUGUGCCAUCCCCUGGCUUUAGCAGUUCGCAUAGCAGUUUCUCUAUCAGUGAAGGCAAUGGGUCUCCAAAUCACCAACCUGAACCUCCUGCUCCAAUUGCAGAUAACCUCCUACCAACCUCCACACCUCAAGAGGCUCAGCAAUGGCUACACCGGAACCGCUUCUCAGCUUUCUCACGGCUUUUCACAAACUUCUCAGGGGCAGACUUACUGAAGUUGACCAGAGAAGAUGUCAUACAGAUCUGUGGUCCUGCAGAUGGCAUCAGACUCUUCAAUGCAUUGAAGGGACGGAUGGUACGGCCAAGGCUGACAAUCUAUGUUUGCCAGGAAUCACAGCAGUUGAGUGAACAACAGAAACAUGAAGAUGGGGAUGCAGCAAACAGUACUUUCUUUGUGUAUCAUGCCAUCUACUUAGAAGAGUUGACUGCUGUGGAGUUGACAGAGAAAAUUGCCCAACUUUUUAGCAUUUCUGCUCAACAGAUAAGUCAGAUCUACAAACAAGGACCCACAGGGAUACAUGUACUUAUAAGUGAUGAGAUGAUACAGAACUUUCAAGAUGAAUCAUGUUUUAUCUUGGACACAAUGAAAGCUGAAACCAAUGAUAGUUACCACAUCAUCUUAAAAUAGAUGGAGACUUGAACUUGUCAGAUCUUCUCUUGCAUAUACAGCUUCAUUGCCUGUUUUGGCAUCUGGACACCAACACAUACCCACAAAAGCAAAUGAAACUCAUCCUGUGACCACAGCAUGUUGUCUUCUGUUAGGGGAACAACCUUGUACUAUAUACCACUGAUGGCAUGCAGUAGGCAUUAAUUAUAAAAUGCUGCUGCUGCUUGUUCAGAGUUAAGUGAUAGUAGUUGCAUUCAGUGGCCUGUUGAAACUGCCACACUGGCCAGGAAUGAAACUUUGCAAUCAUGAGUCAUGAUAAGGAUUGGCCUGAGGGUAUGAAGAAGAUAAAGAAGUCACCAGCCAAUAGCAACUGCAACACUUCGAUGGGUGACAAUUCAUGUUGUGGUGAUGGAGCUCUGGACAGCUUGGAAAUGAGUACCUGUUCUGUGGACCCACUUGAUGGUUUGCCUCAGCUUUUCAUGCUUUUUGGAUAUGUACUUCGCUAUGAUAGAGCUCUGGGAAUGUCCAGGUUUCGGUUUUUGUUUUGUUUUGUUUUUUACCCAAUGUGAUGUAGAGACUUUGUUCCUACUUUGACUCUUUCAUGCCUUGUGACAGUGUCUGUGUGCGUGCAUGUAAGGAUGAUUUGUGGCUCUUUUUUGACAGUAUGUUAGGAAACAAUUGUGGGUUUAUGAAAUCUAACCAUCCACAGGGAUCCCUGUGCUAUGAUUGAAAAGGCUUCAAGUGUGCAAGAAGAAAUGAUGAAGUGGAUGUCAUGAGCAAUUCUGUGCUACAGGACUCUGCUUGCUAAGACAGAGAGUGGAAGGAGUAUGUUAAAAACUCCUGUGCAGAGCUUAUUUGGGAUAUGUAGAAUUGAUGUACAUUUUUAAAUGAAAUCCUGCUGGAAGCCAUAGUAGCAUAUAGGAGUAGCAUACAAAAGCUAUGAAAUCUAUACAAUGAUGCCCACAUAUCUGUUUCUAGGGCAGUAACCAGUCUCUAGAGUAAAGGUUACCUCCUUUUAAAGUCCUUUACAAAAAGGUGAAGAACCCUUUUUUUCAAUAAAUGCUGAAUUUAGUAUGUUGCCUCAAAGGAGGUAGGAAAUGGGGUUAUAUUAAGGACAAGUAGGAUUACGGUUUAAAAAAAAACUUUGAUUGAUUGUUGUAUAUUGCUGCCUUCAAGCAAAAACUAGCUGAACAAUGUUAAUUUCCAUCAUUACACAUACAAAGUACAGACAAAUUAAGGUUAUUUUCAGACAGACUUUGGAUUGUGCUUCACGGAACAUGUAAAACCAUCAGUACUUUGUAUGCUCAAACGAAAUGAUGGAAUAGGAUUAGAAAUAACCCAGAGAGUAUCUGGGUUUUAUUUAUUUCAGUUGCAGAUAAUGGCUGGUGUGCAUUUGUGCACAGACAGUGAGAUUUGUGCUACCGAUUACUGCUAGAGAUCCUCCCUUACCUAGUGAUCCAUAAAAUUAAGGCGGUCUCUUUCCAGUUGUAACUGAAGAUGGUGCAUGCCAAAGGACAGAGGUUGUGGGACCUCUGAUAAUUUUGUGGCAUAGGUUUAGAAGUGACACUGGCUUUCACAUCAUGAUCUUAGUCAAUUAAAAUACGGUUAAUCAAGCCAUGGGGCCAUGCAUUUGUUCCUUCUCUGUUUUUCCCCUCCUGACCUGGUGCACGUGGCUUUCAAAGGAGGUAACUUUUAAAAGCAGAGUUUUCAAUGAGUUAAAACCAAAAGUUCCUUCUGAGCUGACUAUUGUUGUCCACUCUACCUAGCUGGUCCAGAGUAUGUACUUCUUAGUGCACAAGUAGCACCAUAUUUUUUUACAUUUUCCCCCUUUCCACCCACCUUUGUGCUUCAGAUCCAUUUUGAGUUUGUGUGUGAGGUUUGCAAGACAGAAUGAGGGUAGCUCACAAAAUUUGCCAUUCUCCCUGCGCUGUCAUGGUUUGUCAUGUAUAUUUUUUGUUUUUAGUUGAAUGAAACUAUGAACUCGAAAGCAUGGCUAUGAGUAUUUUCUUAUGGUGUGAAUUGAAUCUCAUUAGCUGGGUCUUUUUUAUGGGAGAAGAAGCUGCUAUGCAAAAGCGAAUCUGUACAGAGAUAUCAUAUUUUGGGUCAGUGGUCCUGUCUGUGUUAUUUCACUGACAGUGAUUUUGGGUUGAAAACUAUAUUUUGAUCUUUUUCACUUGUUCAGUGCAACGAGAGAAUGGUGCACAUGCCAUGCUUUCAUAAAUUUUGUUUCAUUCUUGCCUUUGUAUUGAGAUAUAUAAUAUCUUCAACGUUCUACAUGCAUCUACAUUUAAAUCAGGGUAAAUUCAUGGUGUUGCUAUAAGCUGACAAUUUGAAGUCCCAUACACAAAUAUCCAUCAUAUGUUAAAGUGAAGUUAUUCACUGUAUGAUGAGGAUGUACCAAAAUAGAAAUUUGCGGGAUCUGUUGGUCUCUCAGCACUAAUAACGUACUCUUUGUUUGUUUGUUUUUAAUCGCAUAAAAAUGUGGACUUUCAUCUUUGUUACUCACUACUCUGCCUUAGUAAAUAAAUUAUUCAUUUGA